UUUGGACUUCUAUUUCCAAUAAUAAAACCCCUCAAUCCAUCGGCUAACCGGGCAUACCAUAUAAAUAUCACAAUUACCGUCGUCGAAACCCUAGACUUCACAGAAGACGCGACCCAGAGCUUUUACUUCUCGAUCUUUAGCCAUGGCGGAUGUGGACACCGAUGUUGCGGCUUCAGGCGUGCCAAAGAAGAGAACGUUCAAGAAGUUCAGUUUCAGAGGAGUAGAUUUGGAUGCUCUCUUGGACAUGUCCACUGAUGAGCUAGUCAAGCUGUUUCACGCUCGAGCUCGCAGAAGGUUUCAGCGAGGUUUGAAGAGGAAGCCAAUGGCACUAAUAAAAAAACUUCGCAAGGCGAAAAGGGAGGCUCCACCUGGUGAGAAACCCGAGCCUGUUAGGACUCACCUCCGCAACAUGAUCAUAGUACCUGAAAUGAUUGGUAGCAUUAUUGGUGUUUACAAUGGCAAGACUUUUAAUCAGGUUGAAAUCAAGCCUGAAAUGAUAGGCCAUUAUUUAGCUGAGUUCUCAAUCUCUUACAAGCCUGUGAAGCACGGAAGACCUGGUAUUGGUGCGACCCACUCUUCCAGGUUUAUUCCUCUUAAGUGAAGAUUUUGUGUAUGCCUUGAACUGCUGGCCGCAUGGGAGUGCUCUAUUAUCUUAGUACUUAAAUUGGCUUUUGCUUUACUGCUUUGGUUUGUAAAAGCGUUACCUCAUUUUGAACGAAAAAGCUGGAAAGCUAACUAGUUUCUAUUUGAAUUUUCCUUUGGGUUAACGAAUUAGAAAUAUUGUCUGGAUUUCUAUUUUGAGAAAGAAAAUGAUCCGUUUACCUUUUCUAUGAGAGGUAUUUAUAAUU